CACCUUGCGUCACCGUCUCCGCUGUCAACACAGGAAAAUGAUGGCGGCUCCUGGGAAAGGCAUGGCCGGACCUGCCGGUGUAAACACAACGAGUUUUCAGAAAAAAUCCCGCAGCAAACUAGUGUCUAUUCCUGGAACCAGACCGUCUGUACAAAACGGGCAGCUCAUUGUUUCUACGGGGGUCACCUCGCUUGACUACGUGAUCGGUGGUGGGCUGGCAGUGGGAACGCUGCUGCUUGUGGAAGAGGACCGCUAUGACAGCUACUCACGCAUGCUGCUGAAGUACUUCCUGGCAGAGGGCGUUGUGUGCGGACAUGAAGUCUUUCUGGCAUCUGCCCGGGAUCACCCUGAUGAGAUCAUGCAGGAACUUCCUUCCCCAAUUGUGGAUGAAGUUGGCAGUGUAAAGACGAAAGAAGGUCAAGCUCAACAAUGUGACCAAGAGAACCAGGACACCAUGACUAUCGCCUGGCGGUACCAAAACCAACCCAAAGUUCAGAAUGCACUGGCUUCAUCGGUGAGGUUUGGACAUUACUAUGACGUGUCAAAGACAAUGGAGCCCGAGGUUCGACAGGCAGUCAAGUGUCACAGUUUUUAUGCACUACAGGAAUCACCAACAACCACAGAAUCAAGCCUGUUAUCAUCACCCUAUCAUGCUCUCCUCCAGUCCAUCCAGUCGGUCAUCCGGAAGGAAGGCUUUGACGGAUCCACACCGCAGUCUAAGGUUCGAAAUGUCCUCCGUCUGGGUCUCCACUCUCUAGGAUCUCCAUUAUGGGGAGACGAUCUGUGCUGCACGGAUAACCCCGCCCACUGCCACGCCCUCACCACCUUCCUCUACGCCCUCCGAGGACUCUUACGCACCUCACUUUCAGUCGCUGUGGUGACCGUACCCUCCCACCUCAUGCAGAACAAAUCCGUAAUGGGGCAAAUAAUUCGGCUGAGUGACACAGCCAUCGCUCUGGAAUCAUUCAGAGGUUCAGAGAAAGAGACCAAUCCACUUUACAAAGAUUACCACGGUCUCUUACAUGUUCGCCAAGUGCCCCGUCUGAACUGCCUAGUGUGUGAGGUCCCAGAUACAAAAGACUUGGCUUUCAAACUCAAGAGAAAGCAGUUUACAAUCGAGAGACUCCAUUUGCCUCCAGAUCUGUCAGAGACAGUGAGUCGGGUGAGUAAAAUAGAACUGGCAGGAGGAUGUGGCACCACUGCCACAGGCAACAAGCACCUAGAUUUCUAGCGUAUUCCCAGACGUCCUGUACCACCCCCUCCAGUGUGAUGUUGAAGGGCAGGAGUGUUGGAGCUUCACUCCAUCGGCGCUGGGUCACACCUGUACACUCAUAGUUACAUGAGGAUGGUACUGCAUUAAGUGACCACACAACAAGGAGAAGAGAUGAAAUGAUAUCCAUUGCUCCAGUGAUGCCAUGUAGAUGCAGAACUACAAGAAAUCAUUUCAGUUCUUUUACACAUUUCUGAGCGAGACACGUUUGGCUUAUCGAUGUUAAUCUCUGUUAGAUGGCCAAAAAAUAUCUGCUCAAUAAAUUUUGUUACAAAAAUGUCAUGUGUGUUUCUUAAUUAUAAAUCUGUGUGACCGUCUUUUAGUUCAUAAUCUUCCUCCAUCCGGGACGUAAUUAAUUAAAGCAUAAAAUGUUUUUUUUUGAAAGCAUUCACUAUACUUUAGAUCUUUUGUGUCUAUUUUGCUUCUUUUCACGGGCCAGAUGAAGAAUGCGUGUGCUCACAUUGUUCUCGGUCGCUCAACAGAUGGACACCAGUGAGUGAGACAUUAGUGCAAAUCUAGGAGCUCAUCAGUGCCACCAGCAACACUCUUUGUGUUUUUAUGACAGGUCCGUGAAUUAGGUCAGAGGUUGUCAUGGAAAUAGAUUCAGAUACAGAACUGGGGACAUUGUUUCUCUCUUUUGCGUCGGUGAGGUCAUUUUUUAGCACUCUGCAUUUCAGAGUUGCCUCA